ACUUUUAUUUUAAGAAAGCCCACCCCCUAACAACCGGUAAUCCAAUCAAAAAGGGAGAUCCGGGUUGCCAUAGACGCAACUGUGAGGAAGAUGGCAGCCACUAGGAAGAAUGAGAAUCGUUCCAAUUUUUACAUCGGAGAAGUGAAGCAACAACUUAGAGACGGAUUUGGACUGUAUGUAUAUCCAAACAGUUAUUUUCGCUAUGAAGGCGAUUGGAAGAAAGGCAAAAAACAUGGUCAUGGAAAAUUGCUAAUGAAAGAUGGAAGUUACUAUGAGGGUGAGUUCUCCAAUGGGGAGAUUGAAGGAAAUGGUUUUCGAUACUGGGCAGCAUCUGGGAACACAUACUCUGGACAGUUCAGCUGUGGAGAACAGCAUGGAUAUGGUGUAAUGCAAUAUGGAGAUGGUGGAAGAUAUGAAGGAGAGUUUUCAUAUGGAAUGAGAGAAGGGCAUGGGUUACUGGUGGACAAGGAAGGAAACACAUACAGAGGAUCCUUUUAUCAAAACAAAAAACAUGGAGAUGGAGAAAUGACCUUCAGAAAUGCUGAUCACUUUGAAGGGAGCUGGGUUCUGAAUCAUCGCCAGGGUCAUGGCUCGCUGCGUUCUGCUAAUGGAUCCAUCUAUGAGGGACAGUGGAGGAAUGACCUGUUCAAUGGUCAGGGCACAAUGAUUCAUUGCUCUGGUGUCAUCUAUGAAGGUCUGUGGAUCAGUGGAAAGCCUGCCAAUAUUGCCAGUAAGAUUGUAAUCUUGGAAGGAGAAGUUUUGGAGAUUGUGCAAGGAACACCAUUUACUGUCAGUGUGCAGUUGCAGAAUGAGGAAGAUGAAGUCAUGCAGAGUGAGAAUGGUCGAUUAUUAAAAAUUUGGGCUGGUGUUAGGUAUACUCAUCUUUCUCCCAGCUCCAACUCAUCUUUUCUGGAGCUCAUUGAAGACAUUGAAGAACAGCCUGUUCCAACACCAUUUGGCUAUGAGUGCAUUAGCUAUCCUUUGAUAGAGGCAUCAACUGGAAGUACUGAAUUAGUAAUUAAUGUCCCAGCAGGUGGUAAAUCCAAAAGUGAACUGAAGGAUUCUGUUGUCUUCAAGGAAGACAUGGACUCAGAGAAUGGAGUAGGCUCUGUAGGUGGCUCUGGAGAUGCUACAAAUGAUUUGACUGGAAAACAACAUGCGUUCCUCCAGCCAGAUGAAAGCAGUGCUGCAAGAUUGGUGGAGUCCUUCCCAGGUGAUGCAUGGUCCUCAGGUCUUGAGGACAAGAAUGUCUUGCCUCCAGCUAAUCAGAGAGUGGAAUCAGGCAGUGCAACUUUUAAAGACAUACAGCUUGCAAUUCCUCCUGCAAACUACCGUCCUUUUAUGCAUUCAGAUGACAUGGAAAAGAAGGGAGGCAAGAAGCCAAGUGGCAGGAUGUCUGCUGAGAAAAUUCUAGUCUCACAAGAGAAGAUUGGAGACAGCAGACCUGAUUUGAGCAGCAGAGCUGGCUUGAAAUCAAAGAAGGAUCCUGCAGAAAGCAUGAUGGUGAAACCUGGUGAAUAUGUGAUUAUGGUCCAAGAAGUGACCAUGCCCCCAUUCCUGGACCAGAUCCUUCCACCUGCAUUUCUGCGUCUUAAGGUUGUGCCUCAAAAAGGCAAAGUAAAGAGUUCAAAAAGGAGAUCCUAAAUCCAUCCAUGUGGUCUCAAGCCUGUACUUCUUUUGUUUUUAAUGGAAAGUGUGAACUAUUGCUCUUGAUAUAAAUGAAUACUGAUAAGCAGAGUUUAUUAAUGAUUUUGAUUGCAACUAAACACAUUCUAUAUCACCAUUAUAUGCAUUUGUAAAAACCUAAAUGUCUGUGUUCUAUCUCAGCUGUGUGAUGAAGUAUGCCAGGAUGUUUGCUAGCACACUGCUAAUUAGAAGCCAUAGAAAGAAGCACAUUAUAAAAGGGGUGGGUAUUGACUUACCUUGCCAUUUUUAAUGAAAAUAGGAAAUUAUCUUACUUUUUGGCAUUACAGUUUUACAUUCUUGCUUUUACUGAAAUUAUUCUAAUGCUCUGCCAUUCCUAUUCCCAUGGAUUUACUAAGGAGUUUCCUUUUUUCACAUGUUAUUGCUCUUUUCGUGACACUGAGGCUUUUUGUGGUGUCAGUACUGUCACUUGAUAGUAUUGAUUCUUCUGACCUGUACUAAUAUGAUGCAUACCGUAGAAUAUUCAGGCGAUGGGAAAAGGUAUGUUUUUUUUUUUUGGAUCAUUGGCUGGUCAUGGUAGUUUCAGGCCUCUGGAGGAGAGGUUGCGCCAAGUGCUGAUGGCAGACAAAACAGAGUUGGGAGUGCCUUGCUUGCUUUGUUUUGGAUCGAUGGGCUUGGUCAAGGUAAUUUGGGCCUUGGAAGGUGAGCUGAGAUGGGUGUAGAUGGUGGAGAAUCAGAGAUGGAUUGCCUUGCUUGCUUUAUUCAAAUUGUUGGCUUGGUCAUGGGAGUUCGGGCCUCGGGAGGAGCUUUGCGACUUGUGCGGGUGGAGAAAAUCGGAAUUUGGAUUGCUUCUUUGACUUUGCUUUGUUUUGUGAUUGUUAUGUUGGAUCCAGACUUUGAAUUUUGUUGGGUUGGGUGGACUUUUCUGAAGAUAAGCUGGUGGAGGUGUGGAUGGUAAAGCUGUGAGAUGAUCCUUGGUUGGACAUUGGCCGUCAGGCCUUCAUGUGGCAGUAGUUGCACUGAAUGGCAGAGGGGACCAGUCUGGGAUUUUAUUUUUGCUAGCGUUGGUGACAGGCUGGUGGAAGUGAGGAUGGUGAGGAUAGCUGUUGCUAGCAUUGGUGACAGGCUGGUGGAAGUGAGGAUGGUGAGGAUAGCUGUAGUCACUGUAUCGCAAUCGAGCAUGGUUGAAGAAACUUCUGUGCGUUUGAAUGUCUGGACUCUGUUAUUAUGUGUAUUUUGUCUUGUAUGUGUUUCUGUGUAUAAGCUCAUUUAUAUUGUACUUGAGCUUGGAGAAUGGAAUUUCAUUCAGCUGUGCACUUUUUUUUGUUGUAUGGUCUGAAUGGCAAUAAAGUUUACUUUAAUUGCCUUGA